AUGGCGGACGUUUUAUCGUUAAAACAAUCGAUUUUAAUCUACUUGGAAAGAAGCGGCGGCCUCGAGAGACUGGCGGAGGACUGCGAGCCUUAUAACGACCCGCAGCGGACCGAGGCCGUCUACAGGUUCAACGUGUCUGUUCAUCCUUCUGAUGUGAUGGAGGUGGAUCCCGAGCUGGGAGACUGUUUGCUGCACGACCCCCUCACUGCCACGACUCUCUUCCAGUCUGCUUGUUUCCAGGUAAUCAAGAGUCUUUCUCUGAUUGGAAAACUGCAAACAGAAAGCCAGGUCAAUGUCAUCCUAAACUAUACACAUUUGCCCCCAUUUCCCGAGUACACACUGGACCUCUGUAGAUUUCCGCGUGUACAUCGCCCCGUGAGGCCUGUCUCCAUGGAGGGCCUUGUCAUCGCCAUCACAAGGGUCACGAAGUACACCCAGGGAGCAAGAUUCCUCUGCACGAACGACGACUGCCCCUCUGCUGGAGGGUUCCACCACAUCCGGGUCCACACACCCGGAGCCACGGAGUCGGCCGUCGUGAGGAAUGACUUCAGCUGCACGAACUGCCGCUCCCCGCUGACGGAGGAUGUGAAGUUCAGAGUUUUGGGAGACAAGCAGCUGGUGGAGCUGAUUCACGCCGAAGCGCUGGACGUCCUCACAGGCCGGCACCAAAGCUCACUCAGAUACCAAUCUGUCACUCUGUUUCUCAGAGAUGAGCUGUGCAACUCAAUGAGGAUCGGUCGGCGCUACAGACUGCUGGGCAUUCCUGCGCAUGUCCACAAAUGGCCCAACAUUGCCUGCAGUGUCGAGGCCAAUCGUGUCCAACCGUGGAAGCCAGAAUGUAAGGAAGCCAUCAGCGCCAGCUUCCAGCGGUUGUUGAGAGAGACGUCCUCCUCUCUCUGGAGAUUCUCGGCCGUUGUGGCUCACUGUUUUGGGCUUCACGUGGCUCCUCCGGGGUCGUACAACACGCUGAAACUGAGCUUGCUGCUCAGCUUGAUGCAGACCACCACAGACGCAGAAGACACGUUCCACAACGUGGAUCUUCUAGUUGUCACCACUGAUACUCUCAUAGUGGACAGACUCAUGACCUACAGCUUGAGCCUGGCGUGUUGCGGGGUCAAGCAUCAGGCCUCUGCGGAGAUGUUUGCAUCUCUGUCCCACGACGAACACGGAGCAGGCACGGCCAGCAUCCACGCCGGUUCUGCCCUGCUCGCCACAGAGGGGAUCUGCAUGCUGGGAGAACUCAACCGUUACAAAAAGGACAAGCUGGAGACCCUUCAGUCCGUCCUGGAGAGCCGCACCGUGUCCGUGUUUAUCCCAGGGAAGAAGUACGGUGAAGAUGCGGACCAGCAGCUUUCAUUUCCAGUGCAGUGCAGCUUCUGGGCCCUCACAGACUCUUAUCACCGGUCCGGAAGAGCAGACUGCACUUUACUGGGAGCGGCCGAAAUGGGUCCCGUGCCCGUUCAGCUGGCCGACGCCUUCGGACUGGUGGUUCAGUGUAAAGACGACGUGGCAGAGCGGGCCCUGCUGGCCCAGACGGUUCACACCCUCCAGCAGGCGAUCCGGGCGCAAAGACCCCAGCGUUUACCCUGCUGGGAGUUCUCUACCCAAGAGUUCCAGGAGCUGGUUUCUCAUGCUCAGGGUCUUCAGGUCGAGCUGAGUCCAGCAGCCGAGAAAAUAAUCCACGGUUACUACAUGGCAACUCGCAGAGUCCGAACCCAGAGUCAGGGGGUCAACGUGACGGUGGCCUCCAUCAAACUACUGAUAUCAUUGGCUGAGGCUCACUGCAAAUUGUGCCUGAGGACUCUGGUCCUGGAGGAGGACGCUGUGAUCGCCGUGCUGCUGUGUGAAAACUCAGUCACUCUCAAACAUGGCGCCUCCGCUCUCGUUAUUCCCCCCGACGCGGUGUUUCCCUGUGACCUGGCAGGCGGGGACGGACUGCACAAGAGGGACGCCAUGCUGGACGAGCUCCACCAAAACAUUCUGCGCUUCAUCUACGCCUACGCACCUGGAGCAGGGACGUACAUUACAGAAGAGUAAGACCUUCAAAAAAAGAUCAAAAACACAGAGUUCGAGUUAAAUGCGCGAUGUAGGUGGUGGCCAGGAUCAGCACGUCCAGUUUGGACAGCUUGGUGUCCGGCGGCACCGACGGCAGAGUCCUCUGCAGCUCCAGGAAGGCGUUCCUCAGGGUCUGCACCCGGCUCCUCUCCCGGGCCGCGUUGGCCGCCGCCGGCCGGCCUCUGCCGCCGAGCCCGGCCGUCUGCAGCACCCUGGCCCGGUGGAGCUCCCGGCGGCGGCCGUCCGGACUCGGGCUGGAGCUGGGGCUGGACGCCGGGCUGUCAUCCACCGCCGCCCCGGAGCAGCUGCCGCCGUCCAUCCGGAGCGUCUGUCUGCCGACCAUCCGGCGCCCUUACAAACCUGAGGAGAGAAACCGGCCGUCACUUUGAGGAGUUCAGUAGUUCUUUUUUUCUUGUUGUGUAUUUAUUAAAACCCGUUCGGUGCUGUACUGUUAAAUAACUUUUAACUUAUUUUAUAAUCCAUAAUAUUAAAGUAAUGUUCUCGA